AUGGCUGUGGAUACGGAUUGGCGCUCACGAAUCCGUCAGCAAGGGCUGUCGAUAGGUAUUGGCGGGUUCGUCGUGCUGCUGCUCGUGUGCGCGCCGCUGCUGCUCGAGCCGACUCGCCAGCUCUCCUCCACCAUGCACAUGCCUCCCGAGCCCGACCCCACCGCCGCUGCCUCCACACUGAUCGACCAGCUCCCGGAGCCAGGAGCCCUCGCGACUCACAUCGCCAUCCAGCAGGCAGGCAGCGGCGACUCGGAUUCAGGCAGAGCGGACAAUUCAGAGGAGGUGCCACGACUCGAGGCCAAUCCCAAGGAAUCGACGCGACUCCAAUACGAUGCGUCUCAACACGUCUGCUGGUCCUCCUCAGAUGCCCUGGUCACCCGCACCACACCAGGAGGAGCAGCAGCCCCCUCAGAAGCCGCAGCAGCCCCGGCAGCAGCAGCAGCAGCAGCAGCAGGAAGGGGAGUGGUGGUGGGCGGCAGGGGAUGCAGUGGGUGCGUGCAAGGGGAGGAGUGCAGCAUACACGUGUGGGUCAUGCCGCCUGCUUAUUGGGUCUCGCCCUUGGGGACCAAUCGGAGUGACGGGGGUAGCAUGGGUGGCAACAGCAACAGCAGCAAUGACAACAGCAGCAACAGCAGCAAUGACAACAGCAGCAACAGCAGCAAUGACAGCAGCAGCAGCAGCAGCAGCAGCAGCAGCAGCAAUGAGAGCAGCAGCAGCAGCAGCAGCAGUGAGAGCAGUUGGUUGAAGAACGACCUGACUCUGAUUCUGGAGGGCCCGGCGUUGGGCAACGGGGACGUGCAAUGCCUCGACCGCCCUGCCUGCUCGCACUACCUCAUCUCCUACCGCCUCUGGGACGUGGGCACCUACAGCGCCACCCUCGCCGUGGGUUGCUCCAACCUCAACUUCUCGCCUGACUUUGCCGCCCAUUUCAAUUCCACCUUCCGCCAUGACCUUGCCACGUGGAGCCUCUCUAUUGGCUGGCCUGAGAAAUCAGCUUCCGGGAACGUUCCUGCAUCUGUCAGCGCAGCUGGUAACGAUGCUCGUGAUGGCGCUGCUGACAUGGAGGCUGGGGGAUUCGAUGCCAUGACGUCAGCUACAGCCUCCGCAAAUACAACCUCCCCAGAUACUACCUUCCCGGGCAUCUUAGCCACACCCUGCACACCAGGAUCCGUUCCUGGUCGUUGGAAGAAGGACAGCAGUGGCAAGUACACCUGGACUUUCUUCCCCUGCGCACCACCAUUAUCGCCUCCCAGCCGUUGGAUCUCGGAUCUACGGCGCAAGGGCAUUGAGGAGAUCAACAUAGUGGGGGACUCGCACCAGCGAGUGCUGUCAAACCACCUGCACUUCCUGCUGUCGGGGAGCACAGGGGACGUGCUGCCCGAUCCGCGCUUCAACUACACCUUCCACUCCCGCAACGCAAACCAGGAGGCGUUCCGAAUCAACUAUUAUUGGGUCGAUGGGAUCUUCCGCAAUGGGGAGUUUGGUUGUGGGUGA